AUGGCAGCAGCCAGAGCAGCAGCUGCAGCCAGAGCAGCAGCAGCAAGAGUUGUAGCAGAGGCCAGGGCAGCACGGAGCGGCAGCAACAGCAGCAACAGCUAUGGAGGUCGCCUGAGUGGCCAGGGGUGCCAGCAGCAGCAGCAGCAACAGCUGUGGUGGGCAGCAGGAGGUGGCAACAGCAGCAACAACAGAUACGGUAACAGCCAGGAGAUAGGGGGGUGGCAGCAAAAGCAGCAACAGCUGCAGCAGCAGCCAGUGUAUCUGGGAUGGCAACAGCCACACUGGCAGGAGGUGGCAGCAGCAAUAAUUGUGGCAGCAAAUAAGAUGGUAGUGUCAGCAGCACCAGCAACAAAUGCAGUGGUGGCUGGGGCAGACGAUGGUGGCAACGCUGCAGCAGCAGCAGCAUCGGCGAUGGCUGCUGGGGAGACAGCAGCCCAGGUGCCAGCAGCAGCAACAGCAGCAGGCAGGGGUUGUCAGAUGCAGCAGCAACAGCUGUGA